UAUAGGUUAUGUUGCGUAUCGAUUGAUGCGUUUUGAGAUGCGCAUCGAAAAGUAUAAAUUGCACCCUAUCAUAAAUAAUGUUAAUGUAGUGUUUUUCAUAAUAUGUGCGUAAAUUAAUUCUACAUUAGACAAUGAGUGAUCAAAAGGGGUCGAAGAAUCCGUUUAAAUCGUCGCCGAGUUUUAAGUUGACCCCUUCUAAGCAAAAACCGCUUGUUCCUCCUCUAUUGCAAGAGGUUGGACGAUUAGCCGCGGGUGUCGCUGCCGUUAACGCUGCUGGUUCCGCAACAGGAAAUCCAAGAAAUAAAUGCGCCCUCCAACCAGGACAUUCCUUAAUGGACUGGAUUCGAUUGGGAUCAUCUGGAAAAGAUUUAACGGGUGUUGGAUCAAAAGCGGGGCAAUUAACAAUCACCUUAAAAGAAUUAGCCCAACAUUCAACGGAAACCGACGUUUGGUUGGCUUUAAGAGGACGAGUAUACAACGUAACUCAUUAUUUACCGUUUCAUCCUGGAGGAAUCGACGAAAUCAUGAAAGGAGCCGGAAAAGACGCGACUCAUCUUUUUGACCAAGUCCAUCCUUGGGUUAAUUACGAACAAAUUUUAAAUAAAUGCUUUUUGGGGCGAUUAAUCCCAGAGGCCGAUAUCACCGUUGAAGAAUUAUUCCCAAAUAAUAUCCCAAAAAACGAAAAUUAUAAUAACAAAGAUGAAAAUAAAAUAGAAAAUAAAAUAAUAGAAGAUAACAUAAUUUUACCGAGAUUCGAUUGGAUACAAAAAAUGGAUUCGAUAACAAUCAUUUUUUACACAAAAUCAUAUUCAAAUUGUCAAGUAGAAGUGAACCCCCCAAAUCAAGAUAACUCACUCAACAUUUAUUUAACUUUUAAUUCGAAAUUGUUUAUAAAUGAAAUUAAGUUUAAUAAAGGCAUUAAAUGGCCGUGCCAAAUCAAAGUUAAUCAAGAAACGGGGAAAAUAGAAAUUAUUUUUAAGAAAUUAGAAAGUGGUAUUUGGGAAAAUUUUGGGAUUUUAACUCAAAAACGUGACGAAACAACAUCCUUAGAUAUUAAAUUAAAAUACACGGUUAUUAAUAAAAUCCAAGUUAACCAAAAUACUUGUUUAAUUGAACUCGAACGUGUCGAUAAUAGCAAGUUAACGAUUCCAAUCGGGAAGCAUGUGAGGGUUUUUGGGAAAAUAAAAGGUGAAGAAAUGUCGCGGAGUUACACGCCGGUUCCGGCGAGUUUGUUUAAACAAUUUAAACCGUCCUUAUACACAACGGAUAACGUUUGUUUGAUGGUUAAAAAUUAUCCGAAUGGGAAUAUAAGUAAAUAUGUUUGUGGGAAAAGUAAAUACGAUAUUAUUGAGAUAUCACGACCACUUGGUGCUUUUAAUUUACAAGAUAUUGAGAAUAAGGAAUUAUUUUUAUUAUUAGCCGGCGGAACUGGGUUAACCCCGAUGUUAGGAUUAAUUUCGUUUUUGUUAGAACGAAGAGUCAAAAAGAGUUACCAUGUAACGCUUCUCUUUUUUAAUCGUACCGAUGAAGAUAUUCUAUUUAAAACGCAUUUCGAUACACUCCACAAAGAUGACAACAGAUUUAACGUUGAAUACAUUUUAUCACAACCCUCAUCAAAAUGGACUGGUUUAUCAGGACACGUAUCAAGUCCAAUUUUAGAAGACGCCAUAAAAAAUCUAAUAAAAGACACGGGAUACUUACAAAAAGACGUUUACGUGGCAGCUUGCGGACCGACGGUUUUCACGAAUUUAUCGCACACUCUUUUGAAAGGGAUGGGAGUCGGAGACGAUCAAAUCUAUUUAUUUUUGGGAUAGCAGGACUUGGGUUACGAGUAUUUCCGCAGUUUCCGAAACGUUAAUCAGUUUGUAUUCGGCAUUUUUAACUUAAUUGGGUCAAAGGGCGAACCUAAAAAUUCAUAAAUCAUACCAAAUUAGUUAAAAA